AAGGUAGCUUCCAACGCUCUCUCAAAAUAUCGACCCAAGAUUAUUAUUAAUUAUUAUAGCUAGUUAGGCGCGCUAGUGAGUGUGAUUCGUGAGAGCAAUUGCAAGUAGGGAGCGCCAUCGCUAUUAGAAAUGCAAGUCAACACUAACAACGUCGAGUCCGUGAUUCGUGAUGUGUAACUGGCAAUAACGGUAAUCCCUGUAAUUCUCCAGUAAUUUGGGGCCGCUAUAUAAAGUUUACACUCGAUUUUAUAAAAAGGACUUUCAGACUUGAGGCAGAAGCCGUGCAGUGAAGAAGGCGAAUAGCGAAGUGCGUAAUAAAGAUUGGAAAAAUGCUCCAGUACCAUUUGCGAUCGUUUAGGAGGUUUUUGAUCGCGUUGUUUCUGUUCUCUACGCUAAUGAUUCUCGUGAACACAACAGUCUUCUUCGGCGAUACUGUUUUCUCGUCGGUGGCAUCAUUAAACCCCAACCAGACUACCGACAAAACGGAAAACACCGGCAUCAAUUAUAAAAAGACCGUCGUUAAAAACCGAAAGUUACGUCAACUGAGAUUCAGCCCAGCGAAACGUUUUAUUCGUCGACCUUGGCCAAACACACCGGAUUGUUCCAACUUCACCAUCAGACGGACGAUGACAAACAGUUUACCACCGGUGGCUCUCGCUAGUUUUCCCGGUAGUGGAAACACUUGGGUCCGCGGUCUAAUUGAAGCAGCCUCGGGGAUUUAUACCGGAAGUAUAUACAAAGAUGCCAAUCUUUAUCUUCACGGUUUUUGGGGUGAGCUUGCAGACUGGAACGCUGGCGUGACAGUUGCGCAGAAAACUCACGAUUCCGGUGCCGAUCACGUCCGAUCUUUUUCGGGAGGCCGAAGUAUUUUCCUCAACCGCAAUCCUUACGAAGCCAUUUUGUCGUUUCAUAACUUCCUUUAUGGUGGCCACGUUGGACAUGCCUCGUCGGCCAAUUUCCGCCGAUCUGGUAAAUAA